GGGCAGCAGCUGCUGGACUGACUGAGGAGCAACAUGGAAGACUUUCUCCUUCAAGUCUUCUUUUGAGCGGACCGGACUUGGACAACUAAUCCACCUCGGAUUUGAUUUUAGAUGGAAGAGAAGGAUUUGAUCUUUGUUGGAUCCCUUUGACUCAUCCUCAAGUGACCUGGAGAUCAUUUGUCUCUCUCGGGAAGGUUCUCGGACAUGUUGAUCCAGUAGGUCUUUGUCCAUCAUCAUGCUGCUGGUUCUGAUUGUGGUCCUGAAUUUGAGCUGGGGGGCUCGUAGCUCCGAGCCCUCGUCCAUAACUGUCCAGUACCGCAUGUGGGAGGAGCAGCCUGUGGGAACUCGGGUCGGCCGCCUGGUGGACGACCUUUGGCAGAUGGACCAGGUGGGUCCUAUGGAGGACUUCCAGGUCGUGGAACACGGAAGAACCCUUCCCUUUUCUGUCAGCGCUCGAGACGGCCUUGUCUCCACCCAGGGACGUUUGGACAGGGAGGAGUUGUGUCGUGGUUCCGGUUUGUGCGAGGUGGCCUUCAGUGUUCUCUACAAAAAAAGCGGCGCAGUGAACUGCCUGCGGGUUCACGUGGAGGUGAUGGACCUGAAUGACCACAGUCCCAGCUUUGCCAGUCCAGCACAGGAAGUGGAGAUCUCAGAGACGGCCAGCCUACGAAUGAGAAUCCCGCUGGAAUGUGCGGUGGAUCCUGAUGCAGGAGCCAACGGUCUUCAGACCUAUUCGCUUUCUGUCAAUCAACACUUUGCUCUGGAUGUGACAACUGCCCUGGGCGGGACUAAACAGGCGGAGCUGGUGGUGAUCAAAGAACUGGACAGGGAAGUGCAAGCAUCCUUUGAUCUCAUCCUGGUGGCAUGGGACAAAGGGAACCCUCCGAGGUCUGGGAGUACCUUAGUCCACGUUAAUAUUCUGGACUCAAAUGAUAAUAGUCCUACUUUUGAGGAAAGUACCCCUACUGUGGAGAUACCUGAGAACACGGCCCGAGGGACAACCAUCAUCCACCUUAAAGCCACUGAUCCGGACCAAGGUGCCAACGGGGAGGUGGAGUACUCGCUAAGUAAGCACACACAUCCUGAGGUUCAGAGGCUGUUCUAUGUGGAUCCACAGAGCGGUGUUGUGAGUGUCAGAGCCCCUCUGGAUUACGAGGCCCAUUCCUCCCAUGAAGUCAUCAUACAAGCCCGUGAUCGUGGACCUAACUCCAUUCCUUCGCACUUCAUGCUCCAUGUCAAGCUAACAGACGUUAACGACAACGCCCCCAGGAUACACAUGACCUGGACUCAUCCCAACUCGGCGGCCGCGACCGUGCUGGAAGGAGCCCCGGCGGACACCUUCCUUGCCCUGGUGAUGGUUUCUGAUGCGGAUUCAGGAGAAAAUGGUAAAGUGACAGCAGUGAUGCCGCAAAGUUCGGGCCCAUUUCGCCUUAAAAAGGUGCACGGUGAAAACUACAUGAUCGUAACUGCCGGCCCCCUGGAUCGGGAGAAGGUGAUGGACUACAACGUUACAGUUCUGGCGCAGGAUUAUGGAGAUCCUCCGCUGUCCUGCGUCAAACACCUGCCUGUUCAUGUUCUGGAUGAGAACGACAACGCGCCAGUUUUUUCAUCCUCCAUCUUCAAAGCUUCCUUCGAGGAGAACAACCUCGCGGGUUAUCGCGCACUCAAAGUAGAAGCGCAUGACGCCGACUUGGAGCUGAGUGGCAGAGUCUUGUACUACAUUCCCAACUCCACUCAGACCUUCUCCAUCCACCCCACAAGUGGCGUAGUCAACGUCCUUCACCCUCUAGACUACGAAGAGUCACAGUCCCACUCAUUCCUGGUGGAAGCCGUGGAUCAGGGCCAUCCGCCUCAUCGGACCGUGGCCACGGUGCAGAUUGACCUCCAGGAUGUGAAUGACAACUACCCGGUCAUUAAAGAGCCAAGACCCAAAGAAGGUGUGGCUUUUAUAAGCGUUCCAGUGGAUGCAGACCAUGGGGAGAUUGUGACCGAACUAGAAAGUGAUGCUGAGGAAGAAUCGAGCGGUUUUCCCAUGGAACAUUCAGUCCGAGAGGGAUUCGAUGGAUUUCUUGUGUCCACAAUAAAGGCUGAAGAUUCUGAUUCAGGACUGAAUGGACAACUCCAGUUCUUCAUCACUGACGGAAACCCGCACAGGCUCUUCUGGUUGGACCAGACCACAGGCCAACUGUUUGUGAACACUACCAAUGCCACUGAGCUCAUUGGGAAAACCAUCAAGGUACACAUUUCUGUAUCUGACAUGGGGACCCCCAGCUUGACCACCAAGGCCACACUGGAGGUGGCCUUUAUCAACCUCAAGGACCACUUGAAGAACUCGUCUCCUGGCAACCGCGGGCGGCUCAGCUUCACCGUGAUGAUGGCCAUCUGCCUGGGGGCGGCAUGUCUGCUGCUGCUGCUAGCCGUCGCCGUCGUCACAACAUUCUGUCGGCCCGACAAACGGGAGAACCGGGCGUACAACUGCAGGCAGGCCGAGUCGACGUACACGCGCCAUCCUCGACGCCCGCAGAAGAACAUCAGGAAGUCGGACAUUCAGCUCAUUCCUGUCAUCAGGGAACGCAAAGAGGGUCCUCCUCUGGACGAGAGCGAGACGACACCGCUGACUCCGGCGACGACACAGGACCAAGAACCCGAGAGACACUUUGAUUUUACGCCCUUAAUGAUCAACUCCAGCUUCCAUUCCCAAAAUCACCUUGAAGGGGAUGCCCCUCAUACCAGAACACUUCGAAAACCCGGGAACAUUGAACUGGACUGCACUUCACAAACUUUGACGCCCGCGACAUUAAAUCGGACUCUUCGGAAGGCCAGAAACCAGUCCUCCUCCUCUUUAGCGUCCCGUUCCAGCACCUUGAAGCGGGAGAAGGCCGACACCGCGAGCUCCACGCCUCAGGCGACUCUCAGGAGGCCGAAGGCUCCGGAGGGUCAAGGACCGUACGACGCGGAACACCGGCGGAUGCUUCGGAACCUGGUACGGCUGUCCAUGGCGGCGUUCGCAGACUCCAUCGAGCUCUCCUCAGCCUCCCCGGAAGUGCAGCAGAUCUCCCAGCUCCUCUCCCUGCUCCGCCAAGGUCAGCUGCAGCCAAGACCAAACUUCCGGGGAAACAAAUUCUCUCAGCGAGCCGCCGGCAGGUAUGCAGGUCAGGACAGUUGUGAUUGGCAGAGCACCAAAGACAGCGGACACGGCGAGAGCGAGGCCGGGGACGUGGACUGGGAGGCAGGGAGAGACUCGCCCAUCGACCCGCAACUUGAGGAGGGGCUUAACAACCUGCUCAACAACGCUGAGGACGUCUUCUCAGAGGUCAACGACCCGGCGUGGAUGGCCCGCCUCUCGGUGACGCUGUCCGGAGAUUACCAUGACAACGUCUUCGUCCCCAACGCGCCGCCGUCCUCCGACUGCGAGCUCCUCCCCCGCGCCGGCUUGGACUCGUCGUCCUCCUUCUCCACCUUUGGUAAAAGUCCGGAGAAGGACGGCCCACUGGGCGGAGCCUUGUUGUCGGAGGUGAGCACGCUCUUCGAGAUGCUGAUGACGCAGAAGGCCGACGCCCACCCCGGCCCCCGGGCCGACGUCCUCUACCGACUGUCCUCGGCGUGCCGGCGCUCGCUGGACUCGGACGGCAACGGCGGACCAAUCAGGGGCCUGGCCCCGCCCCCUGCACGCUUUUAACACUGGAGAGAGAGGAGUCAUGUGAUCAGAAAGCAUACUUGUCAAUUUAAACCAGGGGUGUCCAAAAUGUGGUCCGGGGGCCAUUUACUUCUUCCGUUUAUCCGAGGUCGGGUCGCGGGGGCAGCAGCCUAAGCAGGGAAGCCCAGACUUCCCUCUCCCCAGCCACUUCGUCCAGCUCCUCCCGGGGGAUCCCGAGGCGUUCCCAGGCCAGCCGGGAGACAUAGUCUUCCCAACGUGUCCUGGGUCUUCCCCGUGGCCUCCUACCGGUCGGACGUGCCCUAAACACCUCCCUAGGGAGGCGUUCGGGUGGCAUCCUGACCAGAUGCCCGAACCACCUCAUCUGGCUCCUCUCCAUGUGGAGGAGCAGCGGCUUUACUUUGAGCCCCCCCCCGAAUGACAGAGCUUCUCACCCUAUCUCUAAGGGAGAGCCCCGCCACCCGGUGGAGGAAACUCAUUUGUACCCGUGAUCUUGUCCUUUCGGUCAUAACCCAAAGCUCAUGACCAUAGGUGAGGAUGGGAACGUAGAAACGGUAAAUUGAGAGCUUUGCCUUCCGGCUCAGCUCCUUCUUCACCACAACGGAUCGAUACAGCGUCCGCAUUACUGAAGACGCCGCACCGAUCCGCCUGUCGAUCUCACGAUCCACUCUUCCCUCACUCGUGAACAAGACUCCGAGGUACUUGAACUCCUCCACUUGGGGUAGGGUCUCCUCCCCAACCCGGAGAUGGCACUCCACCCUUUUCCGGGCGAGAACCAUGGACUCGGACUUGAAGGUGCUGAUUCCCUUUCCCAGUCGCUUCACAGUGAGAGCUGAAGAUCCUGGCCGGAUGAAGCCAUCAGGACCACAUCAUCUGCAAAAAGCAGAGACCUAAUCCUGCAGCCACCAAACCGGUCCCCCUCAACGCCUUGACUGCGCCUAGAAAUUCUGUCCAUAAAAGUUAUGAACAGAAUCUGUGACAAAGGGCAGCCUUGGCGGAGUCCAACCCUCACUGGAAACGUGUCCGACUUACUGCCGGCAAUGCGGACCAAGCUCUGGCACUGAUCAUACAGGGAGCGGACCGCUACAAUCAGACAGUCCGAUACCCCAUACUCUCUGAGCACUCCCCACAGGACGAUCCCGAGGGACACGGUCAAAUGCCUUCUCCAAGUCCACAAAGCACAUGUAGACUGGUUGGGCAAACUCCCAUGCACCCUCAAGGACCCUG